AUGACUAUUUUCAAUACAUUAAUAUCAUUUCUGCUAGCCGCAGUUCUCAUAGCCGGGGCCCUUCAGGCACAAGUAUCCUGCCAGAACUGCGGCUGCGCAGCCAGCCUGUGCUGCAGCCAACACGGUUACUGCGGCACCGGUGACAAGUACUGCAGCACAGGCUGCAAAAGCGGCCCUUGCUACUCCUCCUCACAGCAGAGGAGUAGCAACGGCAACAAACUCACCGACAUUGUCACGGACGCGUUCUUCAGCAGUAUCGCUAAUCAGGCUGGCGGAGGCUGCCCGGGCCGAGGAUUCUAUACCCGCGCAGCAUUUCUCGAGGCUGCCCGCUCGUAUCCCCUUUUCGGGACCACUGGCUCCCCCGAGCGGGAAAUCGCAGCCUUCUUUGCUCAUGUCACACAUGAGACCGGACAUAUGUGCUAUAUCGAGGAAUUAAAUGGAGCAUCAAAAGCAGCAGACUAUUGUGACAAGGAAAACAGGCAGUAUCCAUGCAAAGCAGGGAAGGGUUACUACGGAAGAGGUCCGGUGCAGCUGUCGUGGAACUACAACUACGGAGCAGCCGGAAAAAGCAUAGGGUUUGAUGGUCUAAACCACCCGGAGAUUGUGGCGCGAGACCGCGUUGUUUCUUUCAAGACAGGUCUAUGGUUUUGGAUGAACCAGUGCCAUGCUGUCAUAACUUCUGGGAAAGGUUUUGGUGCAACCAUUCGAGCUAUAAACGGGCCACUAGAAUGUGAUGGGGCGAACCCGAGCACGGUCAGUGCUCGGGUUCAGUAUUACAGAGAAUAUUGCAAGCAACUAGGAGUUGAUCCUGGCACUAAUCUUAGGUGCUAG